AUGCCCAAUAUAUCGUAUUUGACAGCGCAUAGUGCACACAACGGCAGCUCGGUCAAAAUCCCGAAGCCUAUACGGUUCCACACUUUUAAUGAGCUCAAGGAGUAUCUACUGCAGGUUUUCCCAAUUGAGAGCACCGACGAUGUGUUUCUCUUGAGCUCGUUUGGGAUCAAGGUCAACUUCAAUCUCAUUAAUGAGACGUCUGACAUUUUCAUAUUUGAUAAGCGAUUGUUUGUGCCUCAGGUGGACGGGGGCCUCGUGAACUCGUACAUUAGUAAAUGCGACGACGUGACCGUGACCCAGCAGGAGCCGGAGAGGCUGCCGUUGGCUGAAACACAGGUUUCGAGCAGACAGGGCUUGCAGAAUUUGAUCCGGAUCUACAACGGGUGGGCCAAGGCUCUACUACAGGAUUCUAUGAUCAUGGAGAACUCGUGCCAGCAGCUAGUGCGGCAGAUCAACAUCAUCUUCCAGUCCUUGUCGACAAUCUUGCAGUUUGCCAACAAUUUCAUAGACGACAUUGAAAAGAACUUUAACCACCACCACAAUUAUUUAAAACUCAUCAACCACAAGACCUUGCACAAGACGUGGUCGGAACGAUAUAAAAACUUGCAGCAGUUGCCACCGGUGAAAAUAGGCGAACACCGGAUCGUUUUGGUGGCGUAUCUUGACUCCAAGGCCCUUUCCCAGUCGUCUCAGUUUGUGACAAAGUAUCUUCCGUUGAUUUUGCAAAAGUUUACAGAAAUGCGCGACGUAAUCGUGGAAGUCAACAACGACAGAAAGAGAAUUGAUGCGAUCGUUGAGAGUUUUAGAAAAGAGUCGAUUCAGAAAUUCAAAAACAUCCAUGUCAAGGAGUUGGUGCAGCAGGUACAAUCAAAAGUCCAUCUUGUUGCAGAGGGAGCCCAGUUGCAAAACCCAGACCUUGCACAGUUGCAGCAGUUUUAUAGCCUUCACAAAUCAUCCGUGUCCGUUGAACUAUUAGAGCUGGCAAGGAGGCUACAUAUUUAUCUCAAGGAACUAAGAUUGUUUAGAGAAAACUUGAUCAGGCAGGGCCCGCAGAUUUUCCACACAAUCGCCAAUUUGCAAAUGAAGAUGGUGGAGUUUAGAACAGAGUUGAGGUCUUUAGUCGAAAAAGACGCCAAUAGACACAAUCCAGAUUCAAUCAACUCGCAGACAAUUGCCCUUGUGAAAAAGUGCGAAGACGAGUUGUCAUUGACGAUUGACCUCCCCUUGUUGAUGGGACUCUCGAUGAUUGAGAAAAGGAGACAGUUUGAAUGGAAUGAUUUUUUUUCCAAGGGUAUAGUCCGCAACGCAAACGAGCAAUUUGCAACGCUCAUUGACCACGAAAAGGCGUUUAGAAGCAUAUGGAACAAGAAGUUUGGCUCGCUUCUCGACUUCAUUGGCGAUGAUUCCGCUUCCGCCACCAUCCGCUUACCUAGCGUGGACGUGUCCCUCGCAGCGAAUAAUUUUACGUCGGUGCCGAUGUUGAAGGAUAUCGAGGUGGAACGGGAAGAUAUUCUAAACUAUAUUUCGUUGCUUGAAACCUCAACCUCAACAGUGUCGAAAUCAUUUCCCGAGUUACUCCGCAAAAACUUUUCAGACAUGAGAGCCUCGACCAAUAACAUGAAAAAGGUGACAAAGAUGAUCUCGUCUAUGGGAAGCAUUACUUCUCCGAAUAACGCGAGAGCAAAAGAUUCAUCGCUCGAGGAAAAAUCUUCUGGCGAAUUGGAUGUGGACUUGAACGUGGUCUACGGCUUAAAGUCAAGAAUAGCCAAGCUCGAGAGUUUGCUACAUCAACAUCAGUAUAAGAAUAUUACAAAUUGGCCAGUCACUAGAAACGGCUCAUAUUCAGACAAUAGAAUGAGCAUGAUUGUCGACUCUAAGCAGGUUGCCAACUCUGACCCAACAAAGCUUUUGCAAAAAAGAAGGGUAUCCUCAAAUGAGAGCAGAAUCUUGACUACAACCAACAAUUCUCAGGUGCUUGAUGGUUCUUCCAUUGAUAAGCACCUUGAUAAUCUCAGACUUCGCAAGAAUAACUCUGAGUUAAAGUCAAAGAAUGAGUUGCUCACUAAGGAUGUUGAGUUGAAAGACAAAGAGAUGGCAAAUUUGAGACAGCAACUCGCCGAGAUGAAAGCUUCUCACAGCAGAGAAAUUGACGGUUUAACGCGUCGUGUAUCAGAAGAAGAGGAAAAACUCAAACUUGCCAAAUCAAAGACGCAGAAAGAUGAAAAGGAAAUUGAGCAGCUCAAGGUGAAACUAGAAGAAAAGGACCAGCUCAUUGCUGAUUUGAAUACCAAGUUAUCCAAAGCCGAUGAAAAUAUCUCCAAGCUGUCGAAGGAGACCGUUCUGUUGAACGAGACAUUGACCACGCUUCGAGGAGAGUUGGCUGAUGCCACCAAGAUGAAGAAUGAUUUAUUAUCCAACAUGUCCUCGAAGGAGUCCGAGUUCGCAUUAGAGCGAAACAGCCACAAUAACGAUCUUGCAAGAUUAAAGUCCAAGUUUGAAGAAGUCACCGAAGAUUAUGAGAAUUUGAUGGAGUUGACGCAAGUAAAGCAGAAGAAACACGAUGCACUUGUCCAUGACUUGAACAAUGUCGUGAUCAAUUUGAUGAACAUUGUCAAGCACGUUUGUGAAAAGAUUUUCCAGGAUUUUUGGCAAACAUGCUAUAUUCUAGAGUCAAUGGGACUUUUAUUGACGAAGGAAGGAAAGAAUUACCAAAUCAAGCGAGUCAAGGGUCUCAAGUCGAAAAAAGUACACCACGAAGAUGAUCAGUCGAUAUCAACAACAGCAGCAGCCACUGAUGCAACUCCGAAUUUCAAAGUCAUUGAGGAAAUCGAAGCCAAGAUGUCGUGGACUGACGAGAUUCCACUGAUGAACUCAUUAAGCCCGGACACUUACUCAUCGGGCAACGACAGCGAGAUUGUGGUGGACAAGUUUAGCGAACAGAGCGAAAAAAUAAUCGUUAUAUACAACGACUUGUUCAAAUUCGACGUGCUGUCAAGGUUUGAUGUGUUUUUAAGGUCAAUCAGCUUUGUGGAACAUGUGCAGCUCGUUGACGAAAACUCCAACACCAGUCAUUUCUUUGCCAACGCCAUCUUGAAAAGAUUCAAAGACGUCGAAGGGUUUGCCAAAAAAUUGUCCAAGGAGAUCAAAUUGAAAGACCAGGAAUUGAAGAAGCUUACGCUGAGGGCCAAGAACAAGAUUUCAGUGAAUCAUUUUCAAGAAAACGACUUGCUAUUGUUUCUCCCCACCAAAGUCGAUAGAGGAAGCUACGUGCCAAAGGAAAACGCAAUUCAGCCGUGGGCUGCUUUCAACGUGGGGUCGCCGCACCAUUUCUUGCAAAGCUCAAAUGAGCAUCGUCUAGAAGGCAAGGAGUGGCUCAUUGGCAGAGUCAAGAAGAUUACAGAACGUAAAGUCGAUCAAGAGAAUUUUGAAUCUGUUGAAGAAAACCCGUUCCGACUCAGCAUCGGCGUGACAUGGUACCUCGUGGAAGCUGAAGAGAAUUAG